CGUUACAUUUCGGGCUCGCGGUUAAUUAAGCCAGUCAGAGAGGGAGAUCGAGAUCUGGCUCCCCUUCUCUCUCCGUUUUCUUGAUCUCAAUAUAUAUAUACACCGACACCUGAAAGCAAAUGGGGAAGAAGAUGGCGUCGGCUUCCUACGCUGUCGUUCUGUUCAUAGUCUGCUGCGCGCUGCCGCCGGCGACAUCGGAUUCAUCUGAUCACAGGUACAGUCGCGGAGAUUCAGUGCCUCUGUACGCCAACAAGGUCGGACCUUUUCACAAUCCGAGUGAAACAUACCGUUACUUUGAUCUUCCUUUCUGUCACCCAGAUGAUGUGAAAGUGAAAGAUAAAAAGGAAGCACUGGGUGAAAUCUUAAAUGGUGACCGUUUGGUCACUGCACCUUACAAGCUUGACUUUAUGCAUGAUAAGGACUCAGAAACUGUAUGCCAGAGGAGACUGUCACAGAAACAAGUUGCACAGUUCCGUGAAGCUGUUGCAAAGGAUUAUUAUUUCCAAAUGUACUAUGAUGACCUGCCAUUUUGGGGGUUUCUGGGGAAAGUUGAUAAGGAAGGAAAAUCUGACCCUAGUGAAUACAAGUAUUACCUAUUCACGCAUCUUCACUUUGAGAUCUCGUACAACAAGGAUCGUGUGAUUGAGAUUAAUGCACGAACUGAUCCGAAUGCCCUUGUUGACAUCACUGAAGACAAAGAAGUUGGUGUAGACUUUGUGCAUUCUGUGAAAUGGAAAGAAACAAACACACCUUUUGAGAAGAGAAUGGAAAAGUACUCCCAGUCUUCAUCUUUGCCUCAUCACUUGGAAAUCCAUUGGUUUUCAAUUAUCAACUCCUGUGUGACUGUUCUCCUCUUAACUGGAUUUUUGGCCACUAUUCUUAUGCGGGUCCUUAAGAAUGAUUUUGUAAAGUAUGCUCAUGAUGAGGAGACUCUUGAUGACCAAGAAGAAAGUGGAUGGAAGUACAUUCACGGUGAUGUUUUUAGGUACCCAAAGUACAAGUCUUUGUUGGCUGCAGCCCUUGGUUGUGGUACUCAGCUAUUUACCCUGACAAUCUUUAUUUUUUUCCUUGCAUUGGUUGGAGUGUUCUACCCUUACAACCGAGGAGCUCUGUUCACUGCUUUGGUUGUCAUAUAUGCUCUGACUUCUGGAAUUGCUGGCUACACGGCUGCCUCUUUCUAUUGCCAACUAGAAGGAACAAACUGGGUCAGGAAUUUGCUAUUGACCGGAGCAUUGUUUUGUGGACCCCUGUUCCUCACAUUCUGUUUCUUGAACACGGUAGCAAUUGUUUACAGUGCCACGGCAGCACUUCCAUUUGGUACCAUUGUGGUCAUCUUGCUAAUAUGGGCCCUUGUGACAUCACCCCUGCUUGUCUUGGGAGGAAUUGCCGGAAAGAAUAGCAAGGCCGAGUUUCAAGCUCCCUGCCGUACUACUAAAUACCCAAGGGAAAUACCGCCGUUACCUUGGUAUCGCGGAGCUCUACCUCAGAUGGCAAUGGCUGGUUUUUUGCCUUUCAGUGCCAUAUACAUAGAACUUUACUACAUAUUUGCUAGUGUGUGGGGCCACAGGAUCUACACCAUCUACAGCAUCUUAUUCAUUGUCUUCAUUAUUCUCCUCAUUGUUACCGCCUUUAUUACUGUCGCGCUGACCUACUUUCAACUUGCUGCUGAAGACCAUGAGUGGUGGUGGAGGUCAUUCCUUUGCGGAGGAUCAACUGGGUUAUUCAUCUAUGCGUACUGUCUCUAUUACUACUACGCACGUUCGGACAUGUCAGGCUUGAUGCAAACUUCCUUCUUCUUCGGCUACAUGGCCUGCAUUUGCUAUGGCUUCUUCCUCUUGCUCGGCGCCGUGGGUUUCCGUGCUUCCUUAUUCUUUGUUCGUCACAUUUACCGCUUCAUCAAGUGCGAGUGACGAUAAACAAAGUCCAAGUGGAUCACAACGCCUUAUAGGGGGCCCGCGUACGCCCUCCUCCACACAGUAAAAAACUUGGUAAGGCCUUGAGGAGCACCUUGCAGUGUAGAACCUUAGGGUUUUUUUUAUUUACUCAAGAGGAAAGGCUGUAUUGUUUUUUUUACCACUGUCUCACUUUUGAAAUCUAUACAUAUAUAGAUACAAAUAGUAUAUAUUUCACCCCCACGAGUUCUUUUAAAACCUGUUUUGGAUGUCAUAAUAUGACACCAAGGCUAUAUAAUACUCUGUGGGAGUCUGAAGUGGUUCGUCCCUAACCCCCAAAAUCCCUUUGCCCCCUCAACCCUUGGAAAAUGUGGAAAUGCUAUAGUAAGAAUAGGU